AUGCUUGAGACAAUCAAAGCCUAUAUAGAUGAUUCUAGUAGAUUAUUUUAUAGUAGGCCACUCCACAAUCAUAAUGCACAUGUGGGCGUUGGGCGACUCGGGCGGCGGAACCCUAGCCGCCGCCGCCGCCCUUCCCCACCCCAUCCUCUGCCUUGCCGUCGCCUGAGCGAGCGGCCGGCAAAGCCGGCGGCUCGCGAGGACGGCGGCGGCGAGGCUCGCGGCGGCCAUCUCCCGAGCUCAUGGCGCGGGUGGACGCAAAGGCGGUGGCCGACCGGAGCGGCGCCGGCGUCGAGGCGCAUGGCGGCGGAUCCGGCGUCGCCACUACCGGAUCUGGCGCGCUCGCAGCUGGAUCCGGUCGCGGAGGCGCGGGAACGGCGUCGGCGAGGCGUGGGCGCUGGCGGCCGCGACAGGCGGUGGCAGACGCGACGGUGGCGCAGGCACGGGCGGCCGGGCGGCGACGUCAUGCGUGACGGCGGAGCAGGCGCGGGUGGCCACGGCAGGCUCGAAGGCGCAGCUGCUGUGGCCGGCGGCUCGAUGCCUCGCAGCGACGGCAGCGGUGCCCCCAGAUCCGCGCCUCUCAGCUGGAUUUGGAGGAUGAGAGCAGUCGGCGACGGCGGCGACGGUGUGGUGACGGCGGCGGCAGCAGUUGGCCGACGGCAGUGGGCGACGGCGGUGGCGGCUGUGGUGGCUGCCGUGUCAUCUGGCAACGGCGGCGGAAGACAUGGCGUUGGGCUGCUAGCUGUUCGGUGGUGGAGGGCGACGGCGGAGCAGCGAUUUGUAGAGGCGGUGGUUGGCGUCGGUGGCAGCGGCGACGGCGACUGUGACUCUAGAGGCGGUGGCGACGUCGGCGGCGGGGAAGGAGUCGGGAGCGAGGUGGCUGGGUGUUCGGCAGCCAAGGCUGUGGUGGUGGUGACCGUGUUUGCGGUCAUCGGAGGCAUGGCGGCCUCGGUUGACUAGCCGAGGGCGCGGGAGACGGCUGUAGCUGGCCGGCGCGGCAUCGUUCGGUGGAGGGGUCGGAGACCGGCUUGGCGCAGAGAAGCGUAGCCGAUGGCAGCGGAGGCCGGCUCAGCGCGAGAGGCGCGGGCGGCGGAG